AUGAAGCUUAUUUCAACUCUCGUCGUUUUGGCCAGCGCUGGCGCUGUCGUUGCUGAUGGUUUGGCUGGUACCCAACCCGAGCCCCGUGUCAAACGCACCGAAAGUACUUGGAACCUGCGGCCUAGAAACCUGGAGGCAACCAAGGCAAACCCUCGCUUCGUUCGAGCUGAAGGUACCUGGCAUCUGCAGCCCAAGCGAUCCGACAUCGUCACAGAUGACGUGGAAGACGGGUUAGUCCAGAAGCGGGACCUCGAGGCAACCAAGACAAACCCUCGAGCCAAGAGGGGAGAUGGCACAUUCAACCUGGUCCCCCGACAAUCGGAGACGAAGGCAGCGGACAAGCGCAGCUUGGAGGCGACGAAGACCAACCCGAGGCUCAAGAGAGCUGACGGUACCUUCAACUUGGUGCCCCGCCAGUCAGAGACCAAGGCUGCAGACAAGCGAGAUAUUGAGGCGACCAAAACAAACCCCCGCGUCAAGCGAGCCGACGGUACAUUCAAUCUGGUGCCCCGCCAGUCAGAGACCAAGGCUGCAGACAAGCGAGAUAUUGAGGCGACCAAAACAAACCCCCGCGUCAAGCGAGCCGACGGUACAUUCAAUCUGGUGCCUCGUCAGUCGGAGACCAAGGCCGCAGACAAGAGAAACGUAGAGGCUACCAAGACAAACCCUCGGAAGAGGCGCGCCGACGGGACUUUCCACCUCGUACCUCGUCAGUCGGAGACGAAAGCCGCACACAAGCGGGACGUGGAGGAACGGGCUGAGAUGAAGCCCAGCAAGACCAACCCUCGCAUCAAGAGAGUCGACGGCACGUGGAACCUUGUGCCUAGGCAGUCUAUUACGAAAGAGGCCCAGCCUUAG